UUUGCAUGUAGGAGAGAGGAACAAGGGGUACAUUAAAAAAAUUAAACCGCGAUAUUACGUCAUCGAGGCCUCCCCAAUCACAGAACGAGACUUCCAGUAGUCUCACGUGAUUCUCCUUCCAAUUGUUGCCGGUCUUCGUGUUUCCCUCUGAGCAGCAGAGAUGAGCAGUAGGAGCAGCAGGUGCUGUAUGAAGGGUCGCUCCGGCUGUUGGGCACGUAACGGCCCGGGUCGAUUCUCCAGAGCCGCUCUACAGAAGCCUGCCUGGACUAAAGACGAGGACGAGAAGCUGCAGCGGCUGGUGAAGGACCUCGGAGCAAACUGCUGGUCUUCAGUUUCCCUUCAUUUCAGAGGUCAAAGGUCACCGGUGGAGUGUCAGCGGCGGUGGCAGCAGAUAAAGAAUCCAGACCUGGUCAAAGGUCCGUGGACGAAGGAGGAGGAUCACAGGGUCAGAGAGCUGGUGCAGAAGUACGGCGUGAAACGCUGGUCGCUGGUCGCCAAACACCUGCACACCCGGAACGGGAAGCAGUGCCGCGAGCGCUGGCACAACCACCUGAACCCGACAGUGAAGAAGAGCAGCUGGACGCUGGACGAGGACCGCGUCAUCUGCCAGGCGCACAGGCUGCUGGGAAACCGCUGGGCCGACAUCUCCAAGCUGCUGCCCGGCAGGACGGACAACUCCAUCAAGAACCACUGGAACUCCACCCUGAAGAGAAAGGUGGAGAAGGAGGGAUACCUGCAGGUCCUGCGCCUCCACGGCUCCUACGUCGCCUCCACCUCGGCACCGGCAUCCAAGAGCUGCCUCCCCCGCAGCAUCCCUGCAAAGGCUGACAGUCUGUCGACCUCGAAGGACGAGUCCAGCUGCGCCUCCGGCAGUCAAAGCGUGUGCAUGCGCCACGGGAGCUCCGCCCAUCUGUGCUCCUCCUCUGCCGGAUCUCUGAGCACGAGCAGACCGGUAGCGUCCGUGGACCUGAUGGAGGCGAGCCUGGAGACGUGGAGCCACGACUCAAAGGAAGUGACAUCAUCGCUGAAACAGCCCCCAGCACUGCUGCCCGUCUGCCCGCACAGAAACGACGGCCACCUCUCCGUCAUGGGCCUGAAGGAGAGCAGCGUUGCAGGUAUGAAAGAGCGGGAGCUGGACGGCGAGGACGACAGCUCGUCGCCGUCGUGGAGCAGAAGCAGCCAGAUGGGAGCUCUGAACUUCUCCCCCUCAGAAUUCUUCAGUCUGUGCGCCGCUGACAAGCUGAAGCUGCGGUGUCCACCUCUCACCUCCACCCCCGUCUGCGCCCUCCAACACCCCGCCCAUCAGGAGGAGCAGGCCUGCCCACAGUGCAGCUCCAGCACGCAGACGCCCCCGGAGGUCCGAGAGAAGGUCCGAGUGUCGCUGAUGUCUGCUCCUCAAACACCGACGCCUCUGAAGAUCAGCGCGAGCCCGGGCGAGGUCUCCGUGUCUUCCAGUCUGACGAUGACUCUGAUGUGGGAGAACCGGACCGUGGAUCCUGACAGUCAGCAGUCGGGCAGCAGCUCCGAGACUCGAGCAGAUGAAGGAGGGCCUCCCAGCGACCUGGACCUGACCCCUGGGACUCCCGGGUCACGUGCAGAGGAGGAACAGGAGGAGUGA